UCUCUGUGGCUGUGGCACACUCCCGUUUCACCGUGCACGCCGGGUCGCGAGUUACGUUACGAUUCCUUUCAUGCGCACGUUUAAUUGUUCGAUAUCAUCACGAAAUAAUCAAUUUAUUGCAUAAAAAUAUAGUGUCGGAAGUUUUCGUAAUAAAAAUUAUUGAAAAAUGGCUCAAAGCAAGUUUAACGAUCUAGCAGGACAAUUCGGGAAAGCACCAAAAGGCCUUAACGCAGGUCUGAAGUUUCUCGCAGUGGCCGGUGCGGCUGCUUAUGGUGUCUCACAGUCUAUGUACACAGUCGAUGGAGGCCACAGAGCAAUUAUUUUUUCACGACUUGGUGGAAUUCAGAAAGACAUAAUGACGGAAGGUCUCCAUUUCCGUUUGCCUUGGUUCCAAUAUCCCAUUAUUUAUGACAUCAGAAGCAGACCCAAAAAGAUAUCUUCACCGACCGGUUCCAAAGAUCUCCAAAUGGUCAACAUUUCUCUCAGAGUUUUGUCACGGCCAGAUGCGAGUGCGCUACCAAUCAUGUAUCGUCAAUUGGGAUUAGAUUAUGAUGAAAAAGUACUUCCAAGCAUUUGUAAUGAGGUCUUGAAAUCCGUAGUUGCAAAAUUCAAUGCCUCACAAUUGAUAACAAUGCGUCAACAAGUUUCAAACAUGGUGAGAAAAGAAUUGACCGAACGAGCCAAAGACUUCAAUAUUGUUCUCGAUGAUGUUUCUAUUGUCGAAUUGAGCUUUGGUAAAGAAUACACAGCUGCAGUGGAGGCCAAACAAGUUGCCCAACAAGAAGCACAGCGGGCUGCCUUCGUUGUAGAACGAGCGAAACAGGAGAAGCAACAAAAAAUUGUACAAGCGGAGGGAGAAGCAGAAGCAGCACGGAUGUUGGGUAUAGCGGUCAGUCAGAAUCCUGGUUACUUGAAGCUGAGAAAAAUUCGUGCUGCUCAGAGCAUUUCUCGCACGAUCGCCAAUUCUCAGAACAGAGUUUACCUCAACGGCAACAGUCUGAUGCUGAACAUACAGGAGUUGGGCUUCGACGAUUAUGCUGAGAAGUUGAAAAAUCGUGAUGAGCCAGGCCGGAAAACCUGGAACGAAACGAUGGAACAAGCAGUCAAAUCCCUCAAUGUUGAUAAUCCCGUGAAUGCCCUGAGAAGCGACGAUAAUUCCUCGUCUUCUUACGUCUAUGAAAACGGAACUAAUCCCGAAGAUCCCGCUCCCAGACUUCUUAACUCGGCAGCUGAUGGUGCCAAACUAAUUGUUCCCUAAAACGUGAAUUUUUAACAUAACAAAAAAUUAUACAAGAAAGCGACACACGAAAAAGAUGAAACUUUCCAUUUCGCUCAAUUAUAACGUUGAAAAAACCGAUUGACGUUUCGGAAUCGUUUUGAAAAAUGUUUUGCACAAACGUUCCAAGCCAACUCUUUUGGUUCAUUAAAACUUUUUAUUUACACAAAAAUGCACGUAGUUUAAUGUUUUGUUACACAAAAAUUAACGUAAAUAUUUUCAACACUGCGAGCUGACAAAAAUGAUUUUUUGCAUCAGUGUCGUCCCUCAAAUCGAACGUGAAGAACGUAAGUGGAAAUUAUGCACAAUGGAGGGGAAAGAAAUCAUAUUUCGCUGAUUUAUAAGAAAAAAAAACCGAAACUCAAAGUUAUAAUAAACCAGAUUGAGAACAGAUAA